CUUUGUCCCGCUUGAGCUGGGAGGGGUAUCAAGCCGUUGGCUUCCGGCUUUCGUCCUGAAGCGGCAAGCCGAUGCGUGGUCGCCGAGCCGGUGGGAGAGGCAAGGCAAGGUUCGAGACACGAGAGUGGCGAGACGAGCGACGUGAUCGCGUGGACAGCUCGCCGGCGGCUUGAUGGCAGACACGAGAAGCUCCUCUGUCCUGGGCAAGGCGCGGCCCAACGAUGAACGCUGUUGCAGGGUACCGCCCGUGUCCGUGAAAAAGGUCGUGCCGAAGGUCGUGCGCAAUGAUGAGCAAGAUGCCGGGAUCGGGCUGGGAGCGAGACCAGAUGCGAACGGACAAUGUGCAAAAGUGUUCGAUGGCCAAGGAGCACUCAGUGAUGAUGACCUGGGUAAGGCAGCACGGAGCAGUCGCGGCCUGAGCUUCGUACCGGAGGGUCGCUCCCUCACCUCGACGGCGCGAGAACUUGGCUUGAGUGCUGAACUUCGUACUUCAUUGGGCACGAAGGCCUACUCAAUACUUUGGGUAUAGCUGUACUUUAGUAUCUUAGCAGUACCUAGUACUUACGAAGUAACUUAGUGCCUGUCAACUCAGGCCAGGCAAGUACGAAGCAGCCCUUGGGUACCCCGCCACGGA